AAGAACACUUGCAUAAAAGAGUUAUGCCCAAGUAAUGCGAUCUGCCAAGCUGGUUUUUCCAGUGAGGGGUAUAGAUGUGUUUGCGUAGCGGGUUACACGGGUGAAGAUUGCACAGAAGGUGAGGCAGAUAUAUGUUUCCAAUAUCUAAGUGUUAGCAGUCACGUAACGAUUAGGAAAGUCGGUGACCGUUUGUUUCGUUUAAAGUGUUUAGUGCUCUCCUCGUGCAUUUAUUUUCUCGUCGAGGAUAAAGAAGGACCAGCAGUAAACUGUGAGAAAAACCUAAGGAAACGUCAGGGGAGGGGGGCAGGGGGGAGGGUUGGCUACAGUUGGAAAAACAUUUAUCAAGAAUGGAAUAGACUCAUUACCGCUUUCCGCAAUGGAGACCUCGAUGAACCCCUGCUGCAACGCAAUCCAUUCAGUAACUCGACACGUUUACUGUUUCUAACGGUGCGAUUUCUUCCCUUUAGUUCAAAGCAAAACGUGAUUAAAUUGCUGCGGAGGUUUCCCCGCUAGGAGGACGUGAAAGUUAGUUAUUUCACGUUUUUUCUUCUUGUAUGGGACAGCUAAGAAAAGUACAAGUUUUAUAAGGCACGUGGUACGUUAUUUUUUUCGCCCAUUAGCUCUUUUGUUUCGCUACGUCUACGGUCUACAUUCUGAAAAUCCCUGGUAAAAAUAAAAAAUAGCGGACCCUCACUCAUUGUAAGAUGUGAAUUAUUAGUUGUCUGUGCAUGGUAGAAAAUCGAAACCUUGGUAAUUGAAUUACUUCAAAAUUUUUUCUUUAAGACGUUGAUGAGUGCAGUCUAGGAGAACACAAAUGUGAUUCAAAUGCUGAAUGUAGAAAUAACGUUGGAUCCUACAGCUGCAAAUGUAAAGAGGGAUUUUCAGGAGAUGGCCGAACGUGCUCAGGUGGGUGUUGACUAUUAUCCAUCAGCAAUUCUACACAAAAGCCGCACCGCAUUCCUGUCGUAACACAAAAAAGGUCUAUAUAUGAGUCCUUUUCUUGAACUCAGCAUGCUUGUUCAUGUACCAUUCAUUUCAUAGUUUGAAUGACAGGUAGAGCUUAAAUUACAAACAGCGACGAAAUUAGCCAUUUGAAAAUAAAAAAUGUUUAGAAGCUCAUGUAACAUUUUAGCGUUAUCCAUUCUACUAGACCUCUCAUCAAUGUCUUGCUGCUAUUUUCAGAUAUCGACGAGUGUGCUUUGGUUAAUAAUAAUUGUACCAAGGGUGGCGCCAAUUGCACAAACACUCUGGGGUCAUUCAAUUGCACCUGCCAAACUAAAUAUUUCUGGAAUGGAAUUGAAUGUGAAGGUUUGUUUUCUAUACCUCUGUUUGAUAAAAUUUUUAAACCAAUUAGAAAUAGCCGUCUUUCUGGCUGUCUGUCUGGUUGUCUGAGCCUUCAUUUUUUCGUCUUUUUGUGUGUCCAUGUGUUCGUUAUUCUGCAUUUCUUUUGAAAGGUUGGAAUAGGCCACUUCCUAGUUCUCGGACAUCAGUGAUCUGGUGCCGAAAUUACGGCGUGAGAACGAGGCUAAGAGCGAAGUCGCCCUCAUCGGUAUACAGAAUAAAGAGCCGUGCUAAUGAGCGAAAAUUUCCCGAAACUGGGUGUUAGAGAGUGGAAAAUUACUUGUAGGAGAGAAGCAUUUAGCUAAGUGCUGGCGGCAAAGUAAGAAAAAAAAAGCCGAGCUGUUCAAUUUAAGCAAGAAAACAGAUAAAAAACAACCCGCUUCUUCCGAACACUUUGCAAUAAACGAGAAACACUUUCAAAUGCACAACUUACUUCCACUCUUGAUAAUUUUUCAAGCGAACUUUAUUUGACAUGACAGAUGAUUUCCCCGUUUCGCCCUCUUUUAAACGCCCUAAUCUACAUAUGGGUUAUUGCCAAAAUUAAUUUUCGAUUCUAGUGUGCUUUUAAUACAAGGGUGGCAGGAUUCUAGCUCGUUGUAAAAAAUAAUUUAGCGGACUGGUACUCGCCCUUUAGCGAAUCUAUUCAUUGAAGAAAGAAGAUAAUUGGAAAGUCAAUGCCGAGCUGGUUCAAAAUUUUCCGUAUGUUUUUACACAACAUCGUCGCUGUAAUGUAUCAAGUGCCUGCUUAUAUUAAUCAAAGUGCUCUGUGAGCAAACUCGUGAAUUGACACAUGAUUUUUUAGAUUAUGUUUAAUGUUAUCUGGUUUAGGGAAUUUUGUGGUUGAUUGUCAUAUCUAGAGUACGAGCAGUAGUUCAGUGUUCGCUGAUGUAGCAAAGAGACAAAGUAACGUUGGGAUAAGAAGGCAUUACAAUUGAAAUGAUCAUGCUAUUACAUUUGAUAAGGUGGAUGAUGUCAUGUGUUUUAAACGUCUAUCAUUUUUGUUUCUGGUUCAAAAGAAAAGGUUGAAGUAAAUGUGGGUGAAAAGUGAAAUUUACUGUCUUUCGUUGUAAAUAUUAGAAAAUCAAGGCAAUACUGUCUUAAUGAAAACAUUAACGAUUCCCUCUUUAUCAAAUGAGACAAACGGGAACGAGUUUUGAGUGAUAUAACUAAGCCAAGCCUGCCAUCGUCACUUUGGAUCUCCGCCUGGGUAGAUUUAAGUCACGUGCUAGGCAACGUAUUAUCAAUAACAAGAUAGAAUUUCAUUUCAGGCCUAUUUAUCAAUCUUGUGGUGUGUAACUUUCGCAUUUUAGUACGUUGUAUGUAUGUUGAAUCUUCAAAUUGUCUUGAAACUUAAAAGAAAAUUGUUCUUUAAAAAUUCACUGAAAAUCGGUAGCUAAAAAUUGUUUGUUUAGGUGUUAUUUGAUUUUCGUGUUGACUUGUUAUUUCGUCAGUCGCUGGCAUCUUCUGUUGCUUCACACAGGAAAAACACACGCGACGAAACGUAAUGAUCAAUUUUGUCUUCAAUCUCACGCUAUAACAGAAAAAGCUUUUGAACAUCUGUAAACUCCGAGCGCUUAGCAGUAAGUGAUAUUUUCAAUGAAUCUUCGGAUUGUUUUCAAGUUCAAGGAUUGUAAAUUACAAUUUUAUGAAAAACGAAGGUUGUUCUGUUAUUUCAGUGUGAAUCCUCGCAUGCCUGCCAGUCGCUGGCGCCGCUUGUUGAAACUAAAACGAAAAAAAAAAACUCUUUUAAGAUUAUCAUUGGCUUCUUUUUCACCCCACCACUAUUCUUAGCAACAAAGGUCGCCAUUUCGUCUGUUUAUUGUUCGCCAAAAACUAUAAAAUGCACUCAAAAGCCUAAAAUCUAAAAAAAGUUUACAGGAAUCGACCAAUCGAGCGAGCGAGCGAGCGAGCGAAUUCCAUUCCCCACAUGGUAUCUAUAACUCGCUCUUGCGCAUGCGCGCAAUUCACGAGUUAAAAAAGGAUGGUAAUAAUGCAUGAAUAAUCCUGACAAUGAAUGAUGAUGCAAUCAAGGUCAAAUUUAAACCAUGUGAUUAUCAUUCCCUUUUUGAAUUGCAAUUAACUUUCCAGCCGACGGUUGUUAUAACUACUCAAUUCUGAACGACGGUAACAGAAAGAGCAGUUACGGUACACCCGAGGGAAGUGAACAGUGUGACAGCAAGUUAUCUGAGGGAUGGUAUCGUUUUGAGGGAGAUGCUGGAACAAAUAUGCCAACAGAGCGUGUGCCAGCAUACAGAUGUGGUACAGACUGGUCAGGUUGGUUGGAAGGUGCUCAUCCUACAUUGGAGGAUGGUGAAGUAAAAAGAGAGGUCUGCUUUAGUAAUCGUGACACAGGUUGCAAGGGCAAGAUAAAUAUUUUAGUGAAAAACUGUGGAUCCUUCUAUAUCUACUAUCUCCAUGAAACACCAAGCUGUAAUUGGCGCUACUGUGGGAAUAAUUAA